GGCUCUGGGCGCCGGCCGGGGCGCUAGCGCCUGGGCGCUGGCCGUUGGGACUCUUUGAGCUGCGCGAGGCGAGUCGGAAAGCCGGUCCGAGGCUUGCGCUGCGAGCCGCCCCGCGGCGGCAGCGGCGGCUAGCUGUGGUCGGACUGCGCGGCAGAGCCAGGGCGGCGGCGCGUCCCGCCCGAGGGCGGCUCUGGCCGAGGGCGGAGGGGCCGGCGGAAAGCCCGGGGCAGCGGCUGAGGCGGGCCGGCGGCGGCGGGGGCCGCUGCCCCCGGAAGAGCCGGCCGAGAUGCUGGCGGAAAACCUGGUGGAGGAGUUUGAGAUGAAGGAGGACGAGCCGUGGUACGACCACCAGGACCUCCAGCAAGAUCUCCAGCUUGCGGCUGAGCUUGGGAAGACCUUGCUGGAUCGGAACACAGAGUUGGAGGAUUCUCUUCAGCAGAUGUACACAACCAAUCAGGAGCAGUUACAGGAAAUCGAGUAUCUGACCAAGCAGGUGGAGCUUCUCCGGCAGAUGAACGAGCAGCACGCCAAGGUUUAUGAGCAGUUAGAUGUCACAGCGAGGGAACUGGAGGAAACAAACCACAAGCUCGUUGCUGACAGCAAGGCCUCACAGCAGAAGAUUCUGAGCCUGACCGAAACAAUUGAAUGCCUGCAAACCAACAUCGAUCACCUCCAGAGCCAAGUGGAGGAGCUGAAGUCCUCGGGCCAGAGGAGGAGGAGCCAGGAGAAGCACGACCAGGAGAAAUCGGCCCCCAGCUUCUCGUGUCUGAAAGAGCUGUAUGACCUCCGCCAGCACUUCGUGUACGAUCACGUGUUUGCCGAGCAGAUCACUUCCUUACAAAGUCGGCAAAGCCCCGAUGAAGAAGAAAACGAGCAUUUGAAGAAAACGGUGACAAUGCUGCAGGCCCAGCUGAGCCUGGAGCGGCAGAAGCGAGUGACCAUGGAGGAGGAGUUCGGGCUGGUGCUGAAGGAGAACCGCGACCUGGAGCGGCAGCUGGGGGCCACGGACACCUACCGAGCCCGGGCGCUGGAGCUGGAGGCCGAGGUGGCCGAGAUGCGGCAGAUGCUGCAGUCCGAGCAUCCUUUCGUGAACGGGGUGGAGAAGCUGGUGCCGGACUCGCUCUUUGCCCCUUUCAGGGAGCCCAGCCAGAGCCUGCUGGAGGAGAUGCUGCUGACCCCGCCCGAGGCGCCCAGGAAGCCCCUCAAGCGCAGCAGCAGCGAGACUGUGCUGAGCAGCCUGGCAGGCGGCGACAUCGUGAAGGGCCACGAGGAGACCUGCAUCCGGAGGGCCAAGGCGGUAAAGCAGAGGGGCGUCUCCCUGCUGCACGAGGUGGACACGCAGUACAGCGCCCUGAAGGUGAAGUACGAGGAGCUGCUGAAGAAGUGCCAGCAGGACGAGGACUCCCUGUCCCACAAGGCCGUGCAGACCUCCAGGGCUCCGGCCAAGGAGCUGGCUGCUGUCGGCGCCCAGCCCGAGCCCGGCACCAGCGGCUGGGAACCGGCCUCUGUCACCCCAGAGCCCAUGGCUUCCCCCACCGCCUCGACGCCCCCAGAAUACAAAGCGCUUUUUAAGGAGAUCUUCAGUUGCAUCAAGAAAACUAAGCAGGAAAUAGACGAACAGAGAACAAAAUACCGAUCUCUCUCUUCUCAUUCCUAAGCGGACCUCUGCUCCUGAUGGGCCUGUUUCUUAGCACCUCUCUCUCCCACUCAGACGAGUGUCCCUAGAUCCCAAAGCCUCGUGUUGCUCAUGACAUUGGCCUCCUUGCUUGGCUUGUUUAGCAAAUGCGCACAGCGAAGAAGGAAGGUGGCUGUUGGUGGCAGUCCUGUAAGCUCCUCAGGAAAUCCCGUGACAGACUGGCCUCUGGUGGGUGCAAUGAUUAGGGUGCAAUUCCUUGGAAAGUCCCAGAACCAGUAGAGGGCAAAUCUGUGCUCCUGGAGAAGCAGGCUUGGAGUUCCUGCAGCGUGUAGUCUGUAUGUACGUGUGUGCGUGUGUGUUUGUAUAUUAUAUAUUAUACAGGGGAAAGGGCAGAGUUGAAACAAAGCGAAGGCAAUUCCCACUGCCUCCUUGCCUAACUUCUCAAAACUAUGCAGGAGUCAGACGGCUGCCAAAUGAAAAUAUCUUCCACAGACACUGCUGGAUACUGUGACUUCAUGAAGAAGAAUGUUCAGGACAAUGCAGGGGUCUCAUCCAAAAUAAACGGCAUUAACAAAUACUCCACGCCUUUGGGUUUGUCACAUGUGUUACCAGGUGAACUGUGACUCCAUGGAUCUCAGUGGCCUGAGUGCCAAGCUGAACGGGCGAGCUCUGCUUGGCCCACUUGGCUUGUUAGCAGAGCCUUAGGGGGCCUCCUCCCCGCAUCCAAGUGUUUUGACUCAAAGCUGCAGUGGUUAGUUAGCUAGGCAUUCUUGCCUUAAACUCCCACUGAAGGGGGCGAGACGAAUCCUUCCCUGUCGUGUGUCGUCUGGCCUGCCUAACCCAGCGGCCGCCAGCUGCUCCUGCUCCCUCCUGCCCAUGCCUGUCGAUGUGUGUGACUUGCUUCGGAAACCCCUACCUGCCACUUCAACAGUGUUGAUGUUCUGUCUGUGGAUAUGUCGUCAUCCUCUCAACUUGCAAAUGUUUAAUUUAAACUAUUUAAGAGAACGGAGGUUCCAUUUAUUGUAUAUAUUUUUCUAAACACCAAAUAAAGCUACCUAUGAAAAUGAACACAUGGAUCCAUAGCUUGUUAAAGCUUAAGCUGUUUCAGUGUUAUUACCAACUAUUCACUUUUCUUCUUCCAACAAAUAUCUCUAGAAGAAUCGACAAUGACUUUUUUUCCAUUCCUCAGGACUGUGUAAUAGCACAGAUGCUGCUCAUGCGGAUGUGUUCAUUAUGAUUAUUGUAUGAAAAAACAUUUUUAAAAGAAUAUGUUCUAUGACAGUUUCGUUAUUUUAGAAAUAUCAAACUUGGUUCUGAAUUAACAGCAUUUGACUGGUUGAUUCCCAAAGCAUCUCAAAAGAAAAGGAAUAUGUAUAUAUAAUAUGUAUAUGGGUCACUGCUAUACAGCAGAAAUUGGCUCAACAUUGUAAAUCAACUCUAUUUUAAUAAAUAAUAAAUUAGGAGUUCCCACUGUGGUGCCACAGGAUUUGUAGCAUUUGCAGAGCACUGGGAUAGAGGUUCAGUCCCCAGCCCAGAACAGUAGGUUAAGGAUCCAGCCUUUCUGCAUCUGUGGCAUAGGUUGCUCCUGUGGCUUGGAUCUGACCCCUGGCCCAGGAACUCCAUAUGACGUGGAACAGCCGAAAAUACAUAAUUUUUUUUUUUUUUUUUGUCUUUUUAGGGCUGCACCCUUGGCAUAUGGUGGUUUGUUAACCUCUGAGCCACAACAGGAACAUAUCACUCUAAGUUUUUAAAUAAGAGUAAUCUCUUCCAAUUUUACUGAAUCACAUAAAUUAUUUACAGUAGGUUUAUUAUAGGAUAUGGAAUAUAUUCUUCUAUUGCUAUACAGUAGGAUCUUCUCUGUUUUUAUAUAUUGUAGUUUGUAUCUGCUAAUCCUGAACUCCCAAUUUAUCCCUCUCCCACUCCCUUUGCAAUUGGUAACCAUAAGUUUGUUUUCUAUGUCUGUGGAUCUGUUUCUGUUUUGUAUCAUUUUAUAGAGUCCACAUGUAUGUGAUUUAUGAUAUGGUUUUUAUCUUUCUCUUUCUGAUUGACUUCACUUAGUAGGAUAAUCUCUAGAUCCAUCUAUGUUUUUCUUUGUCUUUUUGCCUUUUUUAGGGCCAUCCCCUCGGCAUGUGGAGGUUCCCAGGCUAGGGGUCUAAUUGGAGCUGCAGCCACCGGCCUACACCAGAACCACAGCAACUCGGGAUCCGAGCCGCGUCUGUGACCUACACCACAGCUCACGGCAACGCCGGAUCCUUCACCCACUGAGCAAGGCCAGGGAUAGAACCCGCAACCUCAUGGUUCCUAGUCGGAUUUGUUAACCACCGAGCCACGACAGGAACUCCUAGGUCCAUCUAUGUUGCUGCAAAUGGUAUUGUUUCAUUCUUCUUUAUGGCUGAUAUCCUAUUGUUGCGGGAUUCUCGUACAGAGACGGAACACCAAGGCUUAUUUCCAGGAAGCAGUGUUUAUUCUCACGGGCACUGGCUCAGUGGAUUCCUAUCCAAAGGCUGAGCUCCAAACGCAGCGGGCUGUGGCCUUAUAUACCUCCACUAGUCUUCCCACUACGUUUUGGUCCCGUUGUCCUCCUUAUAAGGUAACAUACCUUCUGUAAAUUCUGAUUGGAUAACUCAUGUUACAUAGUUGCGCCUGCGCACAUGGAUACCGAUCAUGUCAUCCUGCCAUGGCAUUACCCGUGGGCUCACAGAUGCUGGUUGUGCAGGUUGCCUUCCCUUUGUUUCGGGAGGCCCCCGCCCCACCACACUAUUGUGUGUAUGUGUGUUGUAUGUAUGUGUAUAUAUAUAUACCACAUCUUCUUUACCUAGUCCCCUUUUGAUGGACAUCUAGGUUGCAUCCAUGUCUCGGCGAUUGUAAAGAGUGCUACAGUGAACACUGGGGGGGCAUAUACUUUUUGAAUUAGUUUUCUCCCAAUAAAUUUCCAGGAGUGAGACUGCUGGAUCAUAUGGCAGCUCUAUUUAGAGAUUUUAAAGGAUUCUCUAUACUGCUUUCCAUACAGGCUGCGUAAGUUUACAUUCCCACCAACUGUUGAAGGAGGGUUCCCGUUUCGCCACACCCUCUCCAGCAUUUGUUAUCUGUUGACUUGUUAAUGAUGGCCAUUCUGACCAGCGUCAGGUGAUACCUCAUUGUAGUUUUGAUUUGCAUUUCUCUUAUAAUCAGUGAUGUUUAGCAUCUUUUCAUGUGCCUAUUGCCAUGCCAAUAAACUUUUGAUCCUUGCCAAACUAA